GAUAGGUUAGAAUUAAACAAAACAAACCUGUAGUUUCAUGUUUUAUCUGUGUUGACUGAAAAUAAUGGAUUCUGAAAAAGUAACAAUGUUAAGAUAUAGAGGUUCAAGACUGUCAUCUAAAGUAAAAAAGUUGGAUAUGUUUCCGAAAAUUGAGGAAACGUUCAAAGAGCCCACUAAAAUUGGUGGAACUUUUUCAGUUGUAAGUUUUUUAAUUAUAGGAUUUUUAAUAUAUUCAGAAUUUAGAUACUACUUAGACAGCAAAUUUACAUUUAAAUUUUCACCUGAUGUUGAAUUAUCUCAGAAACUAAAAAUAAAUAUUGAUAUAACAAUAGCAAUGCCAUGUCAGAAUUUAGGAGCAGAUAUAUUAGACUCGACUAACCAAAAUACCUACAAGUUUGGUACAUUGGAGGAAGAAGAUACUUGGUUUGAUUUAGCGCCAAAUCAAAGGUUACAUUUUGAAAAUAAGCAACAUUUUAAUUCCUAUUUAAGAGAAGAAUAUCAUGCUGUCAAGGAUUUGUUAUGGAAAAAUAGUUUCUCAUCUCAUUUUGGGGAACUGCCUCCUAGAAGUCACUUUCCAGAUGUGCCAUAUGAUGCUUGUAGAAUCCAUGGUACACUUGAACUGAACAAAGUGGCUGGAAACUUUCAUAUUACUGCAGGCAAAAGUUUAAGCUUACCUAGGGGACAUAUUCAUAUAAGUGCAUUUAUGUCAGACAGAGACUACAAUUUUAGUCAUAGAAUAAACAGGUUUAGUUUUGGUGAUCCAAGUCCUGGCAUUGUCCACCCUCUUGAAGGAGAUGAAGUCAUUUCAAAACAUGGUAUGACAUUGUAUAAUUAUUUUAUUGAAAUUGUACCCACAAGUGUGAAAACGUUUUUGACUACUGUUGAUACAUUCCAAUAUAGUGUCAAAGAACUUAGUAGACCUAUAGACCAUGAGAAAGGUAGUCAUGGAAUGCCUGGAUUAUUCUUCAAAUAUGAUGUGUCAGCUUUGAAAGUUACUGUUAUGCAAGAGAGGGACAAUUUUGGAAUGUUUUUAGCACGCUUAUGUUCCAUAAUUGGUGGAGUGUAUGUGUGUUCAGGUAUUGUAAAUAGGAUUGUUCAGAUAAUAAUAAACCUAAUUUUAUGUAAUUGGCAAAGUACAAAGAGUGAAAAGAGGAAUAUCCAUAAAGUCGACAAAUCCAAUGUGAUUGACUACCAACCUAUGUAAAUAAUAAAAUGGUAUUACUACUGUGAGAUAAAUAAAUUUCUAUUAAUUAAUA